UUAAACUAACCAGGGACUCGUUGCCCUGUUAUUCUCACUACAAGAUGUAUCGAUUCAUUAUCGUCACGUUUAUCGCGAGUGUCGCUGGACAGCUUCAGUUUGAAGGUGCCUGUGAUUUUAACUCUACAGAUUCUGUGACUAACUUAAAUGCAACCCAGCUUCAAGGCGAUUGGCACAUAUUACGAAGGAUUGCAAGUGAAAAUGAAACUGGACAAUGUGCUUUUAGCACUAUUUCAGGAGUCACUAAUAGCAACGGUGUAUUUUCCUCUGCUCAAUUUGAGAUUCGGCAAGUGGUAAACAAAAAAGUUGUCUCUAGAAAGGCGACUGUCACUACUGGGUCGGGAAACCAACUUGUUUUUACAUUCCCAGAUGAAACUUUCAGCGGCGUAGUAUUGGCUACAGAUAAUAUCGGAUACGUUCUGCUAUAUGGUUGUAAUAACUUACAAAAUGACACACGGAGAAAUGUAAGAGCAUGGCAGUUCAGUAGAUCAGACCAAUAUACGACAGCGCAGAGUACAGCUGUCAACGCAGCAGUCAACGCCAAUGCUGAUUUGAGAAAUGCUGUUUGGGAAACUUUGGGCUUCAACAAGACAGACUGCGAUACGUCGAGUGCUGUUACUAUAACAUCGCCUGUGAUAUUAUCCCUUGUAUUGUAUAGUUUAUUUGCUAAAUUAAUAUAAAGUCAAAUCUUAAAGGCCUAUUGAUAAGGCACUUUUAAAAGACAAAAUUGCAAGUCUACAAUAUUAAAAAAAUACUGGUUGCCCAAUGCCCAUAUAUAUAUAUACAUGAUGCUCACAUAUUCACGUUUAUUGCAACUAUGAGUUUUACAUUAUUUGUAUUAAAAAAAAAUAUGCAGUAAAACAGUGUGUGCGUUACGUCAGAACCAAAACAUUUAACCGAGUUGUGAUUGUGAAUUAUUUAUUAAUUAAUAUAUAAGUGUCUUGGUGA